AUGACUGCGAGAUUGACUUCUCAAAAAUGGAUGAUUCCAUUUUCAUCCAAAGAAUGUGAUAUUGUGGGACAGCACCCGUGUAAUGUUUGCAUCAUACCAUUUCCCGAUACCAUAAUUAUGAAGUCACCCCAGCCGACGAACCCUGUCGAGAAACAGUACACUUGCAAGCUAUGUGAUCAGAUGUUCAUUAGGAGGAGAAUUGUAACGGACGACAGUAGAACACUAAAGGGCGAGAAACCUUACUCGUGCAACGUGUGCAACGAGUCAUUCACCAAUACCGUCCCACUAGUGGUACACCGGCUGGCACAUAAAUCAUACCUAUGCUACCGGUGCAACAAGUCAUUGACCAAUGCCACCCAACUUGCGGAACACAUGAAAAAGCUGCACAAGGUUAAAAAACCGUACGCGUGUGACGUGUGCGAUAAGUCAUUCAGUCAGAGAAACUAUCUGAUGGGACACCAGCGAACGCACAUGGAUAAGAUACCACGCUCAUGCGAUGUGUGCAAAAAAAUGUGUAUCAGUAAAAGCCAACUAAUGACACACCGGCGAGUUCACACGGGUGACAAACCGUAUACGUAUGCAAUAAAUUGUUCAGUCAGAGAGGCCAUCUGA